GAGAAGAGAAAAAUGAAAAUGAAAAAUCAUACACAGGUAACAGAGUUCAUCCUCCUGGGAUUGUCAGAUAACCCAGAGUUUCAAAUGGUCAUUUUCUUCUUCCUCUUACUUACCUACAUACUCAGCAUUGCUGGCAAUGUGACUAUCAUAGUCCUUACACUGUUGGAUUCUCAUCUUCAAACCCCAAUGUAUUUCUUCCUCCGAAAUUUCUCCAUCUUAGAAAUUUCUUUUACAACGGCUUGUGUUCUCAGAUUCUUGGACACCAUUAUUACUCAGGACAACACCAUUUCCUACAAUGGUUGCAUGGCUCAGUUCUUUUUUGUCAUUCUCUUUGGAGCAACUGAGUUUUACCUUCUAGCUGCCAUGUCCUAUGAUCGUUAUGUUGCCAUCUGCAAACCCCUACAUUAUACAACCAUCAUGAGCAACAGAGUCUGCACAUUGCUUGUCUUCUGCUCAUGGCUGAGUUCAUUCUUGAUCAUCAUACCACCAACUAUUCUGAUGCAACAGCUUGAUUAUUGUGCUGAUAAUAUCAUUGACCAUUAUUUCUGUGACUAUUCUCCCCUAUUACAACUAUCCUGCACAGAUACACAAUUCUUAGAGACAAUGGGCUUUUCUUGGGCUCUCGUGAUCCUUAUGUUUACAUUAACAUUAAUAGUUCUCUCUUACACAUAUAUUAUCCAAACAAUUCUAAGAAUCCCCUCAGUCAGUCAGAGGAAAAAGGCCUUCUCCACUUGUUCUUCUCACAUGAUUGUCAUCUCCAUGUCUUAUGGCAGCUGCAUCUUCAUGUACAUCAAACCCUCAGCAAAGGACAGAGUCUCUUUGAGCAAAGGAGUUGCUGUGCUCAAUACAUCAGUAGCCCCCAUGUUGAAUCCAUUCAUUUAUAGCCUAAGGAAUCAGCAAGUGAAACAAGCCUUCAUGGACAUGAUACAGAGGAUUGCAUCUUUUUCCAAGAAGGAAUUUUUGACCUGA